CUGCUGGGAUUAAUGCUGGUGACGAUGUUCCUGUCCAUGUGGAUCCCCAACAUUGCCGCCGCAUCCAUCAUGAUUCCGAUCGCCAUGGCCGUUGUGGACCAGAUAGGGGACCGCUCGGCGACAAAGAGCCCCAACGGAGUACGUGGCCAGCAGAUAGGUUCCGAUGAAAAACGACUAAUCGAAGACCGCGAAUGUACUGUGUCACUUGUGCAAGAAAAUGAAACACCAAGAACUGAAGACAGGCGCACCAGGCUGCUCCGAACUACGCUGGUGCUCGGCGUGUCGUACGCAACCAGCAUAGGUGGUACGGGUUCACUCAUCGGAACUGGGCCCAACGUUCUCCUUAAGGGAAUCAUAGAAGACCUGUUUCCAGGUUCCACGGAAAUCACUUUCGUCACGUGGAUCCUGUACAACGGGCCCACGAUGCUCCUCUGCACUCUGCUGAGCUGGGCGUACAUGCAGUGGAACGCCAGGGAGGCCAUGAGAAGCGAAGCGGGCGAAUCUGCAAAAGAAAAAGUCCGGGAAGAGAUUGCAUGGCGGUAUAAAGAGCUGGGAAAGAUCAGCUUUGCAGAGACCUGUGUCGCCGCUUUGAUCGGUACAAUGAUCAUCGCCUGGUUCGCGAUGAAGCCGCAAAUGUUUCCGGGAUGGGUCGACGUUCUUCCUCACGGAGAGCUCGUGAAGCCCAGCGCCUUGGUCGCCUUGGUGGCACUGCUGUUGUUCGUAAUACCGAAGGAUCCUGGAAACCCGUGGCAGUCGCAGCCACUUCUCACGUGGGACGAGGCGGUGCACGGCGUCAAGUGGGGCGUCAUGAUCCUCGUGGGAGGAGGCAUGACUCUGUCGGAGGCCUGCAAGCAAUCCGGACUUUCUUCAAUGCUGGUGGACAACGUGAAGGGCAUGAACGUGCUGCCACCGGCUCUCACCGCCUUGCUCUUCUGCUUCGCUGCCUCUAUGUUCACGGAGAUAACAAGCAACACGGCCACGAGCUCCCUGCUACUGCCCCUUGUCUGCGACAUGGCUGUCGCGCUGAGGCUGCACCCCAUCUACCUGGGCAUGCCUGUGGCAGUCGCCUGCUCAUUCGCCUUCAUCAUACCCGCCGGUACACCGCCGAACGCCAUCGCCUACGACCUGGCCAAGCUCCGCAUUCCUGAUAUCGCGAAACCAGGAUUUUUCGUCAACUUAAUAUGCGUCGUGGUCGAAGUGGUCAUGAUACACGCCUUGGGCUCUCCCAUCUUUGGCCUUUCAACCUUCCCGGAAUGGGCAGAACCCUACAGGGACUCUGUAAAUGGAAGCAUACUCAUCGACGCCACUUCGGGAUCAUCCACAGAAAACAUGACGAUCACUAUGAGUACACUAUGAUCACUAUGUGAACUUCUGCUACUUGGAAGGCGACCAUAUAGACAGCUUCACUACGACUGCAAUGUAUUGCAUAAAGGACGGCAACACUUGUCAAUGGCCAACGUGCAAAAGAGCAAAAAAGAAAAAGAAGGAAUAUUCGUACUGUUGCUUUUGCCUGCAAAAGUAGUGCGAUUCCCCCUUUAGUCAUUUAGUGAGCACUACUAACCCAUAUAUCUGUGGUGCUGCGAAAGGACCAUGACAGCUUUUUUAAACACGCCGCAUAAUAUACCAAAUGCGUUUAACGAAGCCCUGCUUACGUAUGCAAGUUUUGCGCCACAGUUGGUGGACCAAAGUUGGUUUGAAGUUUCAUCGAACAACCCAUGUAUCGAACCACGUCCAUUAUAAAG